GCUACACAAGGUUUUCAAGAUGGACGCAGCUUAACCAGACUUGUGCGAUAUUUUGGCCAAGAUUUGCGUAUUAAAAAUUAGUGUUAGCAUUCCAUCAACGACUGGGUAAGGUUUUUACCGACCUUACAAUAUGGGGAGAGAUAAGACUAAGAACCAGAAACAAGCCCGAGAGGCUGCUACACGUGUGGCGGAGGAGAGUUACUCAACUGUCCCGCACACAUUCGUGUUUCACCGCGGACAGGUCGGCAAGAAUGUCGGUCAGCUGAUGCUGGACAUGAGACGGGUCAUGGAGCCUUUUACUGCCAGAUCUCUAAAGGUACGGAAAAAAAACAUCUUGAAAGAUUUUGUUGCUGUGGCCGGACCGUUAGGAAUCACACACUUCUCAAUAUUUACCAAAACAGAAAAUACUGUAAACAUGAGGCUUGCACGACUUGCCAAAGGUCCAACAUUAUAUUUCCGUGUUGCAAAGUACACACUCAUCAAAGAUAUAGUUUCAUCAUUAAAGAGACACAGAAUGCAUGAACAGCAGUUUUCCCAUCAUCCUCUGCUGGUGAUGAAUAAUUUUGGUGUAGAAGGCAUGCAGGUGAAGCUGAUGGCCACCAUGUUCCAGAAUAUGUUCCCCUCAAUCAACAUACACCAGCUCAACCUCAACUGUAUAAAGAGAUGUGUGCUGUUAAAUUACGAUCCUGUGUCUCAGGAGGUGGAGUUUCGUCAUUAUAGUUUGAAGGUGGUUCCUGUGGGCAUGAGUCGAGGGGUGAAGAAGCUCAUGCAGGAGAAGUUCCCCAACAUGAGCAAGCUGGAGGACAUCAGUGAGCUCCUCAUGAAAGGUGUCAACCUUUCAGAAAGCGAGGCAGAGCAGGAUGAGGAGCACAACAUCACAGAGUUACCUCAAGUGUACUCUGGCCGAGGGAACAUGAUGUCUCAGCAGAGUGCAGUUCGGCUGACUGAGAUUGGCCCCAGAAUGACUUUGCAGCUGGUCAAGAUAGUAGAAGGCAUGGGAGAAGGAAGCGUGCUUUAUCAUUCCAUCGUCUCAAAAACCGAAGAGCAGAUUCAGGAGAUGCUAAAAAGGAAGGAGACUCAUCUGAAACUGAAAGAACAGCGGAAGAGAAAGCAAGAGCAAAAUAUUGCCAUGAAAAAAGAAAAGCGCGACCUGAACAACAAACGGAGCUUGGAGGGCAUCAAGAGAAAGCGGGAACAGGAAGGCCAGGGAUCAGAUAAUGAAGUGGAGGAUCCUGGGACGCAGGAGGGCCAGGCUCCAGCAGAGGAGUCUGAGGACGAAGCAGAGUAUUACAGACAGGCUGUAGGAGAGGAACCAGAUGAAGACAUGUUUCCUGGAGCAAAAAGAAAACACCGCCCUGGCAAGUCACCAAACCCCUGUAAAAAGAGGAAGAUGUCACCGGGGAAGGGCCCUCCUCCACAUGAUAAGAAGAGCUUUAAGUCUGGUGACCGGGGAAAGAAAGCUGGCGGGAAGCAGUUUGGCCGUAAGAAAAUACUGGAAGGAAGGAGCCAGUUUAAAAAGAGUGGAGGCGGCAAGAAAUUUGUCAAAAGGGAGGAGAAGGGGAAUAGGUUUGGGCAGAAAAAAGGAGAAAACGGUAAAAGGUUUGGUGGAAAGAAAACAUUUAAAGGACGUGCAACGACGAAACAACAAAGAGGCUCUGGAGGACGAAAAGACUUUAAAAACAAGAAAGGAAAAAGCUGAAGGAAGUGAAAGUGCAAAGUUUAAAGCGCUGAACCAGAAGGUGGAACUGUUGUUUCAUAACUGAUGUGCCAUCUCUACGCUGAA